CCCACCAAUCACGCCUGUGCGCCUCGAAAGCCCCUUUUUAGCAGGACUCCAAAUCCCCGCCUCCCCUGCCCUUGCUCCCCCGCCUCCGCCCAACGGCCCCAGUGAUUGACAGGCAGGCCGGGCGGAAGCUGCGGCGCAGGCGCCCUGGCUCCUUAGACCUCCCCUCUGGCCGGGUCGAGGAGUUCCCAGCAGACACUGCGCCGCGGCUGCGCAGUACACGGGAGGCUUUUAAUUCCAUUGUGGAGAGGACGGCGUUAUUUUUAUUAACUGGAGGCGACGGCGGCUGCGGCGGCGGCGGGACCCCCAGGCCUCCUCCGGGGUAUGAAAAUCGGCAGUGGGUUCCUGAGUGGCGGCGGAGGUACCGGCAGUAGCGGUGGUAGCGGCUCCGGCGGCGGUGGUAGUGGCGGCGGCGGCGGCAGCAGCGGCAGGAGGGCAGAGAUGGAACCCACCUUUCCCCAGGGUAUGGUUAUGUUCAACCACCGUCUUCCCCCGGUCACCAGCUUCACCCGGCCGGCGGGGUCGGCCGCCCCACCCCCGCAAUGCGUGUUAUCCUCCUCUACCUCCGCAGCCCCGGCCGCUGAGCCCCCCCCUCCGCCAGCCCCGGACAUGACUUUCAAGAAGGAGCCGGCGGCGUCAGCCGCGGCCUUCCCCUCGCAGAGGACCUCCUGGGGGUUCUUGCAAUCUUUGGUUAGCAUCAAACAGGAGAAACCCGCGGAUCCUGAGGAGCAGCAGUCCCACCACCACCAUCACCACCACCACUAUGGGGGGCUGUUCGCUGGAGCUGAAGAGAGGUCUCCAGGCCUAGGAGGCGGUGAAGGGGGGAGUCACGGCGUCAUCCAGGACCUCAGUAUUCUCCACCAGCAUGUCCAGCAGCAACCAGCCCAGCACCACCGUGACGUAUUACUCAGCAGCAGUAGCAGGACUGAUGACCACCAUGGCACUGAGGAGCCAAAGCAGGACACUAAUGUCAAAAAGGCAAAAAGGCCAAAGCCAGAAUCUCAGGGAAUCAAAGCCAAGAGGAAGCCAAGUGCAUCUUCCAAACCUUCUUUGGUUGGAGAUGGAGAAGGUGCCAUCCUCUCCCCAAGUCAGAAACCUCAUAUCUGUGAUCACUGUAGUGCUGCUUUCCGAAGCUCCUAUCACCUGCGGAGACAUGUCCUCAUUCAUACAGGAGAAAGACCUUUCCAGUGCAGCCAGUGUAGUAUGGGUUUCAUUCAGAAAUACCUACUACAGAGACAUGAGAAAAUUCAUAGUAGAGAGAAGCCAUUUGGAUGUGAUCAGUGCAGCAUGAAGUUUAUUCAGAAGUACCAUAUGGAGAGACACAAGAGGACACAUAGUGGAGAAAAGCCAUAUAAGUGUGACACUUGCCAACAGUAUUUUUCAAGGACUGAUAGAUUGUUGAAGCACAGGCGCACAUGUGGUGAAGUCAUAGUUAAAGGAGCCGCUAGUGUAGAACCUGGGUCAUCAAACCAUAACAAUAUGGGUAAUCUGGCUGUGUUGUCUCAGGGAAAUACAAGUUCUUCAAGGAGAAAAACAAAGUCAAAAAGCAUAGCUAUUGAAAAUAAGGAACAGAAGACCGGUAAAACAAAUGAAUCGCAAAUUUCAAAUAAUAUAACCAUGCAGAGUUACUCAGUAGAAAUGCCUACCGUGUCUUCCAGUGGAGGCAUAAUUGGCACUGGAAUAGAUGAACUGCAGAAAAGGGUGCCAAAAUUGAUCUUUAAGAAAGGAAGCAGAAAGAAUACAGAUAAAAACUACCUUAACUUUGUGUCACCAUUACCAGACAUAGUAGGACAGAAAUCCUUGUCUGGAAAACCAAGUGGCUCACUUGGCAUAGUAUCAAAUAAUAGUGUGGAGACCAUUGGUCUUCUCCAAAGUACAAGUGGCAAACAAGGUCAGAUAAGUAGUAAUUAUGAUGAUGCCAUGCAGUUUUCAAAGAAAAGAAGAUAUUUACCAACUGCCAGCAGCAACAGUGCCUUUUCUAUAAACGUAGGACACAUGGUCUCCCAACAGUCUGUCAUUCAGUCUGCAGGUGUCAGUGUUUUGGACAAUGAGGCACCAUUGUCACUUAUUGACUCCUCAGCUCUAAAUGCUGAAAUUAAAUCUUGUCAUGACAAGUCUGGAAUUCCUGAUGAGGUUUUACAAAGUAUUUUGGAUCAAUACUCCAACAAAUCAGAAAGCCAGAAAGAGGAUCCUUUCAAUAUUGCAGAACCACGAGUGGAUUUACACACCUCAGGAGAACACUCAGAAUUGGUUCAAGAAGAAAAUUUGAGCCCAGGCACCCAAACACCUUCAAAUGAUAAAGCAAGUAUGUUGCAAGAAUACUCCAAAUACCUCCAACAGGCUUUUGAAAAAUCCACUAAUGCAAGUUUUACUCUUGGACACGGUUUCCAAUUUGUCAGUUUGUCUUCACCUCUCCACAACCACACUUUGUUUCCAGAAAAACAAAUAUACACUACGUCUCCUUUGGAGUGUGGUUUCGGCCAAUCUGUUACCUCAGUGUUGCCAUCUUCAUUGCCAAAGCCUCCUUUUGGGAUGUUGUUUGGAUCUCAGCCAGGUCUUUAUUUGUCUGCUUUGGAUGCUACACAUCAGCAGUUGACACCUUCCCAGGAGCUGGAUGAUCUGAUAGAUUCUCAGAAGAACUUAGAGACUUCAUCAGCCUUCCAGUCCUCAUCUCAGAAAUUGACUAGCCAGAAGGAACAGAAAAACUUAGAGUCUUCAACAGGCUUUCAGAUUCCAUCUCAGGAGUUAGCUAGCCAGAUAGAUCCUCAGAAAGACAUAGAGCCUAGAACAACGUAUCAGAUUGAGAACUUUGCACAAGCGUUUGGUUCUCAGUUUAAGUCGGGCAGCAGGGUGCCAAUGACCUUUAUCACUAACUCUAAUGGAGAAGUGGACCAUAGAGUAAGGACUUCAGUGUCAGAUUUCUCAGGGUAUACAAAUAUGAUGUCUGAUGUAAGUGAGCCAUGUAGUACAAGAGUAAAGACACCCACCAGCCAGAGUUACAGGUAAGGUCCCAAAAGUGGCCAGGCUGGAGGUCUUCUAAUGUAAUUUUGUUUUAUUUUGAGAACACUGCCAUUGGAAUGUUUCUACACGAUCCUAUUAAGAAUAAUGUGAUGCCCUUUCAAUGCAACUUUUCAUAUUUAGUUUAUUUUGUUAGCGUGAUUUUAGCUCUGUUUGUAUUAUGAUUUUUAAUCAAAAUCAAUAGAUUAAAAAUAGUUUGACAUUCAAAGUGACAAUGUUUAGCAAUCAAAUUUACAUGUAUAGAUCGUCAGGGAAUAGCCCAAAUGUUUUAAACGCAAAAAAAAAAAAAAAAGACAAAAAAACAACAAAAAAAAAACCUACAAAAAAAACUUUGUUGCUAGGAUUAAGGUUAUUCUAAUUGCUUUACUCUCAGGAAAGUGUAAUAACGCAUGGGAAUUCUGUACGUUAUCACUGUAAUGGAAUAUCCAAUUUACAGAUAGUAUGAUAUACAUUUUAUCAUUUAAGUAAGGGAUCGAAAACAUUUCAAAUUGCUCUGUCUGGGCUGAUAGACAUUUCGUCAUUUAAGUAAGGGAUCGAAAACAUUUCAAAUUGCUAUCUCCAUCUGGGCUGAUCCAAAAUUCUGAGAUUGUUGGCUACCUGUAUUUUGUUGCAGCUUUUAAAUGUACUCUGAACUUCCAAACCACAUUCAUUCCAGCCUGGUAGAACAAAUAUUCUUGGAUCUUUGAUCAAAGCCUGGAAUGAUAGCUUUAAUAAAAGAAGGAAAAAAAAAAAGCACCCUCUCUUGAUCUCAACUGUAACAAGGCUGUAAUUCCAUCAAGCGAUUCUACUGACAUCUAGUACAGUGUUGAAGCCCGUGGUUGGCUGGUUCCAGUAUUAGAACUCAAGUUGAAAUUAUAUGAUUAACUGAAAUUUGGGGCAUGCAUUAUUUAUUAUACAUGGCCUAAAAGGGUUCUGUCUGCGCUGUUACGUAUUACCUACACUUCUGGGUUUUUUUGUUCUUGUUCUCAGCCUCUCUUUAAGAUUUCUUGGGCCUUCCUUUUCCCUCUUUCUAUUUUAACAGUUUUAAUUUUAGAACCAUUUACAUUCCAGUAGGUAAUUCACUAUGCGCUUUAUAUGCCUUAGGGCAUCCAAAUAAAAAACAAUAGGGUAAACAUCCCCAAAACCCACCUUUAAAAAAAAAAAACCCAUACAGAUUUCCAUAUGUAAUAAAACCCCAUGUUCUUGGAUAGAUAUUAAUAAGGUUGUAAUUCCAACUGGUGACAUAACUCCUGUGAGGGAUAAGAAUGUGUCUGCUUAUAGUAAUAACAUCAGAACCUCUUUGUGAAAUUGCGGCCUUUAAUGUACAUUUUAAUAAAAGGGUGCAUUAGUAUUGUACAGGGGUCUUGUAAAGUCAAAACUUGCUAUGAACUCUAAUUGCCAUUUGAAGCUACUGAUUGGCAGUGGCUCUACUCUAAAACUGCUUUUUAGCAAUUGUAUUUUUUUCCUGAUUAUAUUUUUUAAUGUACUUUGAUGUUUAUGCUGAUGAGUUUUUUAUGUACUUUUGGUGAUGUUUCAGUCUUAUGUACUCUUCUGACGUCAGAAAAGUACCACUGGUUGUUUGCAGUCUUAUUGUGUAAUCAGCCUACCGCAGGCUUCCAUGUAUAAUAAAGUAAUUAAUAUUGUGCAAGUGUAAAACACUUCUAUUAUAAAAGCAGUGUUUGGAAAAUAAGAAAUAUUAAAAAUGGUUACAAAGUAUUAGUUAAUUUCCUUUUCCCACUUUCCUCCCUUUAGCUUUAGCAGCUAAAGGGUCACCAACUUGUCAUUGCAAGAUUCUUAGAAAAUGUACUUAAUCUUAAAUACACUCAGUACUAAAAAGUGUUUAUUUCUUACUUCAGUAAGUGCGGUAAGUUCUAUUGAGUACAGAGUACAAGCUGUAAUCAAAGGAUGGAGAGGACCUUUACCACUGUAUCUCUUAAGCUGUAUGAUUUUUCUCCAGUUUGUUUUUUACAGGUUUUGAAUUUCUUUAACUUUUAUUGUGUGUACUGAAUACUGCAUAUGUAUUAUUCUGAUUGUUUGCUCUAGUUUACUACCAAUAAAAGUCCUGUUAAUCACAAGAUUGAAGAAAGGAGAUAUUACUUAAUAUCCAGUAACGUUUUUCAGAAUUUUCUAUUAACAUUUUCUAAAAUAUUCACAUCUGUGGUAUAACCUGCAGUUUAGAGGCUUGUAUUUUAAUUGUAUUUUUUUAACUUAGGUAUUUUGUGUUUCUAGGUUUAUUUUAGUUGAAAAUGGACUCAAGGCCAGGAGUGGUGGCUCACGCCUGUAAUCCUAGCACUUCGGGAGGCCAAGGCGGGUGGAUUGCCUGAGCUCAGGAGCUCGAGACCAGUCUGGGUAACACAGUGAAACCCCGUCUCUACUAAAAUACAAAAAAUCAGCUGGGUGGGGCGGCGUGUGCCUGUAGUCCCAGCUUCUCGGGAGGCUGAGGCAGGAUAAUUGCUUGAACCCAGAAGGUGGGGAGGUUGCAGUGAGCCAAGAUUGUGCCACUGCACUCCAGCCUGGGCGACAGAGCAAGACUCCGUUUCAAAAAAAAAAAGAAAGGAUUCAAAUUUACAUAAUAUUAAAUUUUUGUUCUUCCAUAUUGCUGUGCACCUAAAACAUAUUCAAUGUUCAUAAAAUAUUCAGUUUUAUGACAUGAAAACAUUCAACAUUUUAUGAACAUUGAAUACUUUAUGAAUGUUGAAUAUGUUUUAGGUGCAUAAUAUGGAAGAAUAGAAAUUUAAUAUUAUAUAAAUCAAUGUUUUCUUGAAAUUGGGUUAGCCAUCCUAAUAUUACUCCAGAGAAAUUAUUUAUUGAGGCUUUAUUUUAAAUCAGAUUCCAAUAUCUUCUGGUUUUAGGUGCAUCCUUUUUUGCCUCAAAAAGGUUGUAAAAUACUAUGGCACCAGUUUUGGGAAAAAAACUUUUUACUUAAAAAGUUGUGAUAAAGUGACAGUAUGAUUUAGAUUACAACGGUCUUGAGCAUUUUAGUUGGGAUGAAGGUAUUAUUAAAUCAUAGCAAUGUUUUAAAAUGUUGAGAGUAUAAGUAUUAGAAGGAAAGAGCUAAACCUAUAAAUAAUGGAGAUGCAGAAACUGAAAAUUAGUAAAUAUGUAAUAUAUUAGUAAACUUAUAAGUAUGAAGGAGAAAAAGAUCAUAAGACAUUUGUGUUUUGAAAUUUAGUGGCUACAGUGUUGAGGAAUUGGGAAUAAAUAUAUUAAAGGGUAGAAUAGGUCUUUGAGGCUUUGUUUUCUUUUUAGUAUAUGAUAGUAUUACAGGAAAUCAUAAAGAUAUUAAGUAUAAGCAUGGAUUUCUCUGUAGAGAUUAUCUGUACUGGCGAGUCUGUGAUUAGGAAAUGUCAGUUUUUGUUUGUUUUGCCCAAGUGUAUUUCCUAGAUUUGGUCUUUUUCUUGAACAAGAGUGCUAAGCAGAAUCUCUGAUUCUGUAUUGAAAUCCAACUUUUGAUUUCUUUGCACAGGUGACUUAUUCUCUGUUCUAGAUUAGCCCUAACAGAUUGAUUUUUUUUUUUUUAACCCAUCCACCUGCCUUUGUUUCUUCUGUGGAAUGUCUGUCUCUGAAUAUGAUCAUUUUAAAAUUAAGGUUUUUUUUUACUUUUAAGAAGUUAAGAUAUGAAGUAGGAAACAAUGCUUUUGGAUUUCUGUUGUGCUACUGGAAAUUCAGAAUAAGGACUACCAUAAUUUAGCAAUUGCUGGUCAGUAUUUUUGAGGUAAUUUAAUAAUGGGAACAGUGGAAAAACAUCUAUAAUUUUUAGCGUGUUUUUAAAAAGUUGCAAACUGAUACAAAUAUUUCUACUUUAGUUUUCUGUAUUAUGCUCAUCAGAUGAGAGAGGCAAAAGUUUGUAUUCAUUCCUGUCAUCUGGCAUUUUGUAAUUACUUGCCAUUAGUAGCAUUUAAGCCUGAACUGGGUGACAGUUUGAGCAAUAUGGUUUCAUGAGGUCACAUGGAAUUUUUACCUUCCAAAUUCAUAGGCUCUUGUUAAGCAGAAGAACUUCCCUCACCAAAAAUAGUUUCUGAACUUCUACUUUUAGAGUAAAACAUACCUGAAGACUAUCAUUUUCUGAGUUUUAUGGUCUUUGUGUUUUCUAUGAUACAUACUGAUAGGAUUUCAUUUUUAGAAUGUGAUGCAAGACUCCUUUGUUAGUGCUAUGAUAGGAUCCAUGCGUCAUGUUGCGUGAGGUUAUGUCAGUAAUGUUCCAUGAAUAUUUUGUUAUGGGAUCCCUCCUGGUAUUUAAGAAGAGGGAUCUGUGGUGGUUUACCAAUCUGCUUGUACCCUUCAUGAAAUGAUAAACAAUUACUGAUAGAUAGUGAGGGAAAAUAUUGUAUUCUCAUUAUUUUUUUUAUAUCCUUGGUAACAUUUAAAAUGAACAGUAGGAUGAACACAGCAUCUUAGAAUUCUGUUAUCUUAUGCUUGACUGUAUUUGAGUGUGACUAAUUUAGACUAUAUUUAAAUUCUUUAUGAAUUUUUGGCUUACUCAUACAAGUCCAGCGUAACAUUUUUUUUGGGUCACAGACUCUGGGUACCCGAUAUAAUUGAUGGCCCCCCGUCCCCUGUACGUUAGCAGAGAUAUAUCAACAAAUGAAAAUGUGCAAGCCAGUCUACAUGCUCACAAGACCUCCUCCAACUUUGAAAUAAAUUCUUAGUUAUGGACCCUAGGUUAAGAAUUUAGAAGACAUCCUAAAUAUUGAAAUUUGAUUGUAUAGAUAAGUAGGAAGUUAAAACCUAAGAAAAUCAUCAAAUAUUAGGGGUGCUUCUGAAUUGAUUUAUCUGCAGUUUAACUACUUAGCAUUUAUGGAAUGCAUUUAGUUUACAAAAAGCCAUAGAGUUUUAUGAUAAGCUGGUCAAGUAAUUAGUUGAAUAGAUUUUAUAAUUCUUUGCACUUCUCAUCUGAUAAUAACUACCGUAUAGGUAGUAGACUUGACAGUAGUUCAGUAUUUUCUGUUAACAGAGUUGUGUUUAUAACAAUUACAGUCAACUACUGUGGUUCUUCAGUUGCACAGAGUAGCUUUUGGCAAAAGUGAAAAAACCUACAACCAACCUACAUCUUUUUACCUACGAGGAAUAAUAUUGAGUUCUUAAUAACAGACUAUAUUUCAUUAUAGCCUGUGUGUGUGACUAGCUAGGUUGAAAUGUACUGUGCAUGAUAAGCCUUGUAAAGCAAGUUAUAUGUUGAAAUUAGUAUCUUGGGAAGUGUAGAUAGAUAGCUGGAGAAAAAUGUAAUGAUUUGGAGCUUGUACUCCAGAGGGGAAAAUGUAUUUCCCGUGUUUAUAGAGAAUAGAAGAAUAAUGGGCAGGGGUUGAAUGUAAAGGGAAUUAAGGGAUAUCUUAGAAUGGAGAAGAAAAGGAAUAGAUUUUGAAGGAAAAUAUCAUACACAUUCCGUACUCAGUCACAUUUGGAAAAUAGGGAAUAUAAAAUUUACUCCAAUAUUAACUGUUAAAAGGGUAAAGAGGAUCUUUAGCUGGAAAACUGUUCUGAUUUUGUCAUUCUUUCAGUUCAGACUUAUUUCAGUACUUUGGUUUGUUAUGAACUUUAGAACUAUUGUGGAGCAAUUAAUAAAUAACUCUUAACAGACAA